GUCUUUUAUUCUGUAACUCAUUGUUAUGGUAACUCCCUCGGUGUCUCGUGGGUUUGCGCAGAUCAUGAACCGUCACGACUAUCAUCGGUAGCGUACUUCCGCGUUCACUGCCGCUUCUGCGCUCGUCUCAUCAUGAUCCUCAAAUUAAACCUCUGCUGUUUUAUUCUUUCUUUUGUGUUUAUGUGCUUGUCUGCGCAAUAUGUCCCACCGUACACAGAAGAGUGCCGAAGUGGCAUGUAUCCUCCAAACGGCCCAACAUUUAAAGGGGAUGUGUUCUGGUAUACUGUUAAUCUGGAUUUACCACCAAGCAAAAGAUGGACAGAUGUCAUUACAGACAAAAAGAACGAUAUGGUGAGCAUGAUUCAGGCUAUCAGAGAUCUAGCAGACGCCUUUGUUCCCAGUGGAAAGCUCAUCGAUCUAGUAGAUAAGGAUUUGCCCUUGAUGGUGGACACCCUGCCUUACCCGUUCAAUGAGGAGAUCAGAGGAAUCGCAUCAGUGUCUGGUGUUUCUUUGGGUGAGGUGCUCUUCAACAUAUUUUAUGAGGUGUUCACCGUGUGCACAUCUCUGGUUGCAGAGGAUGUCAAUGGUGAGGAUAUCAUCAGAGAUAACAUUAUUUUCAUUUUUUUUAUAAUAUUUUAUAAUCUAUAUCUAUGGAUUCUGGAGUGGAUCUUGGGGAAGAGAGACGGCAUGUGGAUGAGGUUUUUGACUCGUUCUGUGUUGGAGAAUGCAACUAGCUAUGAAAGUGCCAAGGCUCUGUUGUCUGACACGAAGCUGCUGGCUCCAGCGUACUUCAUCCUCGGAGGAAACCAGCCGGGUCAAGCCUGUAUUAUCACCAGAUCCAGAACACACAGCAUCAAUCCACUGGAGCUUGAUGUGAAGAAUGGCAGGUGGUAUGUGUUGGAGACUAACUAUGACCACUGGAAAGAGCCUCUGUUUCUGGAUGACCGCAGAACUCCUGCUAUGAAAUGCAUGAAUCAGACCACACAGGCUGAUAUCUCCAUAAAGACAGUAUAUGAUGUGCUGUCCACCAAACCAGUCUUAAAUAAAUUGACCACAUACACUACUCUUAUGGAGGUGUUUAAGGGAACAUUGGAGUCUUAUAUCCGUGACUGUCCUAACCCCUGCAUGCCGUGGUGAGGGACUCCAUCUGGACAAGCUGCAUUACUGUGACAGUCUUCUGUACGUUUAGGAAAAGAAAAAUGUCAUUCAUAUUUUAGCCGUUUAAAAUUGUUAAUCUUACAUUUUAAAAGGUUUGCAGUGUCUGCUUUUGAAAUCAUGUGGGCAUUGUUGGGUUUAAUCAAGCUUAACCUGUCAAACGGGUACAGUAGGGCAGCCUACUUAAAGGGAUAGUUCACCCAAAAAUGAAAAUUUGAUGUUUAUCUGCUUAC